UGUAUCCACGUAUCAAUUAUUACAUUGAACAUCACAUUUUGCUCUAAAGCUUCAAUCUCCCAUUUCAUCCAUGGCUUCCGCUCUUGUAACUCGUCUUCAUGAAAUCUAUGAUAGAAUUGCCAAGCUCGAGUCUUUGAAGCCUUCAGAAGAUGUCAAUACCCUCUUAACUCACCUCGUCAAACUAUGCAUCCCACCUUCGAAUAUUAUUAUCGAAGAUUUAUCACAAGCAAUUCAGGACAUGCGUAUGAACCUCAUAGUUCUUAGCGGCCAUGCAGAAGGUUUACUAGAGCUUGAAUUCGCGACAUUCCUAUCGAAAAUCCCUCACCCGUUCAAGAACCUCGAUCUCUUCCCUUAUUAUGGGAACUACGUCAAGCUAGCUGGGUUGGAGUACAAAAUUCUUAGCGAACAUGGGAUGGUGCAGCCAAAGAAAGUAGCCUUUGUAGGCUCGGGUCCGUUGCCUCUAACCUCCAUUGUAAUGGCAACCCAUCACAUGAAAUCCACUCAUUUCGACAACUUCGAUAUCGAUGAAGCGGCCAACUACGUGGCUCACCAAAUAAUCGCGUCAGAUGACGAGCUCGAGAAGCGAAUGAAGUUCUUGACACGCGACAUAAUGGAUGUAACGGAGGAGCUAGGGGAAUAUGAUUGUAUAUUUUUGGCAGCUUUGGUUGGGAUAAGCAAAGAAGAGAAGUUUAAAAUUGUUGGGCACAUAAGGAAGUACAUGAAGGGAGGUGGGUUAUUGCUUGUGAGGAGUGCCAAUGGAGCUAGGGCGUUUUUGUACCCUGUUGUGAAAGAGCUUGAUUUGCCUGGUUUUGAGCUACUUUCAAUCUUUCAUCCCACUGAUGAAGUCAUCAACUCUGUUGUUCUCGUGAGGAAGCCCAUUUUUCAAGAUUAGAAGAACUCUAAAAAUGUCAUAAUAGUUAGGGUUUUCGUACCCGAAUUUUCACUUCAGUUCAAUUCGAAAGUUUGAAGCUCAAAAAAAAAACUGGGUUUUACUUUAACUUACUGUAUCAAGCUUGGUAUGUUAUUUCUUUUCAUAAUUUUCUUGUUUCAAAGAUGCUAUAUAUAUGUUUGUAUUUCCCUA